AUGACGGAUACAACAAAGUCCCAUUUGAAAAGGCUAUGGGAGUCUAUGAAAAGAUCACGCCGUUUCGAAAGAGAUAACUUAGAUACACCUCUUAAAAGAUGUCUGACAGCCUUCGAUCUUACUCUUCUGGGUAUAGGAAAUAUGGCUGGUGCAGGCAUAUAUGUUCUAACGGGUACCGUAAUCCGAGACAAAUCUGGACCCUCUACAUUCUUAUCCUACUUGGUUGCUGGGAUUACAGCUUUCUUGAAUGCUUUGUGUUAUGCUGAAUUGGGAUCACGAAUACCUAAGUCAGGAUCUGCAUACACCUAUACAUAUGUGGCAAGUGGAGAAUUCCUUGCGUUUAUUGUUGGAUGGUCAAUGAUCUUAGAAUAUGUUCUGUCUGUAUCAAGUGUUGCACGUGGUUGGAGUGGAACAGUUGAUGCAAUGACGCAACAUGCAAUAAGUAAUGGAACAAAAAUACUAUUGGAAGUUUUCCUUCCCAUGUGGAGUUUCUUGGUGACUAUCCGGAUUUCAUUGGUGCUUUGCUAA